AUGCCCGCAUCACUCCAGGCGAAAGUUGCCUUUGUCACCGGAGCCAAUGGAAUUACCGGCUUCUCAAUCAUCGAGCAUCUUGUACGGCAGCCAAAGGAGGAAUGGAGCAAAAUCGUCAUCACCUCGAGACGCCCCCUUCCCAAUGCCUGGGUUGAUCCUCGCGUUGAGUUUGUGCCAAUUGACUUCCUUGAGCCUGCUGAAGCCAUUGGAUCGAAGCUGAAGGAUAUUUGCGCCGACGUCACCCAUGCCUUCUUCACCUCGUACGUUCACGACGAUGAUUUCAAGGUCUUGAAGGAGAAGAAUAUACCGCUCUUCCGCAACUUCCUAGACGCGAUCGAUGCGGUGUGCCCCAAGCUGCAGCGUGUGUGCCUCCAGACUGGCGGCAAGUACUAUGGUGUCCACCUUGGACCUGUCAAGGUUCCCUUGGAAGAGUCUUUCCCCCGCUACGAUGACAAGGGCUUCAACUUCUACUACGCGCAAGAGGAUUAUCUGCGUGAAGUUCAACAGCGCCGCAACCAAUGGUCCUGGAACGUUAUUCGGCCCAAUGCCAUUAACGGCUAUGCUCCUCAUGCGAAUGGGAUGUCUGAAGUUCUGACAAUCAUCAUCUACAUGCUCAUAUGCCAUGAGCUUAAGCAGCCAGCCCACUUCCCUGGCAACGAGUACUUUUGGAACGCCAUUGACGACUGUUCCUACGCCCCAAGCUUGGCUGACCUCUCCGUCUGGGCCGCGACCGCCGAAAACACCAAAGAUGAAGCUUUUAACCAUGUGAAUGGCGAUGUUUUUGUCUGGAAGCACAUGUGGCAGGAUUUGGCUGCUUACUUUGGUCUUGAAGUGCCCGAACCGGAGUUCAAGAAGGCUGCUGGUCAAGCUAGCACGCUUGCUAAUGAAAUCGACAUGGUAGAGUGGGCCAAGGAUAAGAAACCUGUCUGGGAAAGGGUUGUUGCCAAGUACGGAGGCAAAGUUGAGACUUUUGAUUGGGGAACCUGGGGCUUCUUCAACUGGGCGACGGGAAAGAGCUGGUUGACUAUCUCGUCAAUGAACAAGGCGAGGAAAUUCGGGUGGCAUCGUACUGACAACACUUUUGAUGCCUGGAUUGAGACUUAUCGAUCUUUUGAGAACGCCGGGGUCUUGCCUUCUAGGCGGGCUCUGAUGGGAAACUAA